AUGUCUGACGCUGGACGACAGGACUUCACCGACAAGGCCUCUUCGGCCAUCAAGCCCGACUCGCAGAAGGGUCUCGGCGAGAAGGCCAAGGAGAACCUCGACAAGGCUGCCGCCACUGUCCAGCCCGACUCGACCAAGUCUGACUCGCAGAAGGCCGGCGACAAGCUCAGCGGCAGCGACAAGUCGGACGAGUCGAUCAUCGACAAGGCCAAGAACGCUGUCGGCCUCGGCGGCAACACCAACCACUAA